AUGAAGCUCACAGCUGGUCAUGCUCUUCGGGAGACGUUCAAACGGGUGUGUAUUGUGCACUCGGCGGAACAAGUUCCUUUUGGUCCCUACUGUGCAGGUGUAGAGGGCCACUGUAUCUCCGCCAAGGUGGAAAAUGAGAUGCUGCGCAAGUUGGACGGGGUCUGGUCCGUGUCCAAGGCCAUUCAACGUUACGCAUGGGAGCAUGGCAGGCUUCAGACCAAGUUUCUGGCGCACACACCUUGGACUUUUCUCGAUGUUGACACUGGUCGGAUGCCGGCUAUUCGAAACAAUGUCGACAAGGAGGAGAUUGGUAUGGUCAACCCGGCCCCCAUCAAAGGCUUGGAUAUUGUGCUUGGCCUGGCUGCCAAGUUCCCACACAUGAAGUUUGUCACAUGGACUAGCUGGGGGUCCAAACCUCGACACAUCGAGAGAAUAAAGGCUUAUCCCAAUAUCCGCAUCGAGGCGACUACCCCGAACACCGACGACAUUUGGGACCGCAUCAAGAUUCUUCUCGCCCCAUCCAUCUGGCACGAAGCUUGGGGGCUUAUUGUCACGGAGGCGCAGCUUCGUGGUAUACCUGUCAUUGCUUCCAAUUCUGGCGGGCUCCCUGAGGCCAAGGUCAACGUCCCUCCCAUCAUUCCCAUCAACCCUGUCACCGGUCAUCAGCGAGAUGAGAAUGGGGACUACAUCAUUCCAGAUCAAGAUAUUGGACCUUGGGAGGAGGCUUUGGAAAAGCUGAUGACGGACCGCGAGGAGUACCUCACCUUGGCCGCUUUGUCUGCCGUAAAAACAGCAGGCUGGCUUAAGAGUGUUGGCCAGAGGACUCAUGAGAGAUGGCUACAAUCCAUGAUGUGAAGGGAAACUGGGAGGAGGCGACGGUUACGGCGAGUUUUGCAAGGGCUCUAAAGGACAUAAUCAGUGACCAGGAUUCUUGGUCCACGGUUGUCCUUCCUUGUUUCUCUUGAGUUUGAUGAGGGGAUUGCCAAUUGAGGUUGCAGACGUACUGAUUAGCGUAGUUGAGAUAUUGUUUUCCCUACAAUCUAAUCGAUCAUCCUUUUUCCA